CCGAGGAUGGAGGGAUGGAGCCGCCCCAAGAGAUGGCUAAGGUUUCCAGCACAGCAGAUAACCACAACAGGCGGGUCCAUUCCCUAUACACAGAGCCAGUACUUCAGAGGAUUCCCCCUACCAACUUAGAAAACACGCACACCAGGGGGUCGGAGUUUUCUUCCGCAGCCCUUAGCUUCCAGGAGCAUGGCAAGACGUCGGAUUUGCCCAAGGACGAGGGCAAGAAGCCCACUGGGCACCGGAUACUAAAUAUGCUAAGGAAAACUCUUAAAGGGUCUGAAAGUAAAGAACUGGCAGUAACACCUGAAACAUCAGCCUUGGUGCCGUUUGGGGAUGUGGUUGGCUGUCUGGCUAUUAAUGUAAAGAACUGCAGAAAUUUUACGCCUAGGAUCCAUUUACAAUAUUGUAAUAAUUUAUUCAUUCGCAUCUCUAUAAACAACAUGGUGAAAUGUACAAAAACUUAUAGCUUGCUAUCCUCAAACAAUGAAAAGAACACUAUAAUUACAUUUGAUGAUGUGAAGUAUUUUUCUGUAAAGGUUCCCAGACGUCAAGAUGAUGAGAAGAAUAAUAUUUACUUAGAACUAAUGCGAUAUGAUGAUACAAAAAGGCCUAAUUUUUUAGGGAGUGUUCAGGUACAUCUUUAUGAAGUAAUUCAGAAAGGAUGCUUUACUGAAGAACUCCAAAUGUUGAAUAAACACAUGUUUAUCUGCAGGGUGGUAGUGGAAUUUAUGUUCUCCUAUGGAAACUUUGGUUAUGGAUUUUCACAUCAGUUAAAACCUCUUCAGAGAAUGAUUGAGCCAUGUAUGUUUAUGAAUGUUGCACCGCCUCCAGAAAGAACAGACCCUGUGACAAAUGUUAUUAUACCACAGCCAAUAGAAUAUCCAGCAUUCUUAUCCCCAGAGUUGAAUGUUACUGUUGGGGCAUCCACUACAGUGCCCCAAUCCAACCAGUCACCUGUAGUGCGACUUGAAAAACUUCAGCAACAACCUCGGGAAAGGCUGGAAAAAAUGAAAAAAGAAUAUAGACAUCUGAGUACAUGGAUAGAAAAAGCUAGCUAUUUAGAAGGAGUUCUUAACCCAAAGUUGGAACUUAAAGAACCUAAGGAAAGUAAUACCAGUGAGGUACUUGAAAGCCAAUUUGAAGAGAAACCUGCCAAUAUUGUAACAUCAGAUAACCCUCUUAUAAAGAAGGGAGCUGAAACUAUUCCAAGUGAGUUACUGGAUAAUGAUGGUAAGAAAAGCCUGAUUCUACCAACUUUAAACCAGUCAGGUGAAGAUGAUUCCAGUGUUGUUGCUCCUAAAAGUGGUGCGUCAACAAAGCAAAUAGAUACUCCGUUGCCCACUGUUCCUAGCCUGACAUUAACAGAAGAAGACUUAAUACCAGCUUUAGAGGAAUACCAGCCAGUAGCCAUACCAGAGAGAAAAGUGAAAAAUGUAUUCUUUACAUCAGAAGAAAAAUUGAAGGAUAGACGUCCAAGCCUUUUCAAAACAGACUCAUCUCCAUCAGAGGUGGUAUUUUCACCAAAAGAAUACAUUUCACCAUCUUUCAGACCAGAAUAUGUAGAAUUCAAACCAAAAUAUCAGUUCCAGAAAUUCAACAUCGAGAACAGUUUUGAUCCCUUUCUAAGGAAUAUAAACAACAAAAUGUCAGUCAGAAAAAGGAAAGACCAUGAUAUGUUCAAAUGUAGAAAUAUUUUAAGUGCAGAGGUUAUAGAGCAUGAAGACCAAGAUCCUCCUUACCCAACACAUUCAAAAACUGAGAGACCUGCUGGCAAAACCUGGCCUCGUGAUCUUGAUACCAUCGCAGUAAAGGCUUUAGACACUAAGAAUAAGUUAGCCCGUGAUCCUGGGAUCAUAACAAUAAAGACAUUAGACACUAAGAAUAAUCUAGCGCAUCAUCCCAGUAUCACCACAACAAAGACUUUAGAUACUAAUAAGUUACCGGAAAGACUACCUAAUGUAUCUUUGCCAAACUUUGAGGGAGAAUCAUCGACGACUGGAAAAGUAAAUGUAAAUAAGUGUCGCCUCUCAAAAUCAUUAAGUCUUACUUCCCACAUAGAAAAUUUAAAACAGUCAAUGGUGCUCAAGUCAAUUUUAAGUGAAAAUCUGCAAGACCUUUCAGAUAAAUUAUUUUCUACACCGGAAGUUCCUAUGGACACUGAAGCAAGAAAGAAGAGUCAUAGUUUUCCACUUCUGGGUGUUCGUGAUGAACGACCAAGUAGUUUGGAAGACCAAGUAUUUGAAAAAAUUCAAGAUUUAAAUACCUGGCUUUCAGAAAGAGACAUUUUAAAUUCAAAGUCUCUUUUAAGUCAAAUAAGUCAAGGUAGUCCUGCAGAUUCACAUUCAGAAGGUGUACCAGGAAAUUCCCCAGAGGUAGAAAGGGAAUUUGUCUCUGAAAAACACUUAGAUGCUGGUAACAUAGAUUUUCCAAUUAAAAAAAAGUGUAGUUUCAAAAAGAAACAUUUAGAUAGUGAAGUAUCUAGCUCCACACCAGAUUUGAAUAGCUUUGUACAUGAUUAUAUUAUAAAGCAAAUAUUCACUGCACCGAUCUUCUCAGAAUUGGGGACAGGAGUGAAAAAAUCAAGUGAGACACAGAUGAACUCACAGGGUCUGUUACCCACAGCUUGGGAGAGUUUGUCUUCCAAUGUUCUAGUUCACUAUGAAGAAAACAAUAAUGAAACAGAAUUUCCUCCAGCCAAAUCUGUUAUAAGCCAGAUAAUACAAGCAUUUCCUGUAGAUACUCUUUUAGAUUCUGGGGUGAUCAAAGUAAUAGAAUUAGAUAAAGAAUACCAGAAGAGUUUUUUGCUGGAUACAGAGACAGCCUUUGCUAAAGAAAAGCCAAAGGAGUCCAUAGAAUAUUAUUCAGAAAUCAAAAACAAAACAGAACAUCUUUCAGAGCCGAAUAUACCCAUCAUUCCCAAAGAAACCACUUCUUCUUUUAAUAGAGUUGAAUUCAUAGACAAAAGCCAAAAUACAUCCCCACGAGAUUCAGAAUAUCAGUCAACACCAGAUAAAAAAACAGAUUUGCCAAGUAGUAGUCAGAGACUUGACAGAAAAGAAAAUGAUCUAAGUUCUACUUUAGAAAAUUUAAGUGACUCGUUAAUAGGUAAACUCAAUGACUCUGAUGUAAUAAUGUUAAAAUCCUUUUUGAAAAACAUAUUUAAUGUUUUUUUCAAAUAUAGUAAGUCUGAAAGCAGACAAACUGACAAAGAAUUACAAAGACUAAUUGAGCAUCCUUUUCCAAACAAGACUGAAGACCUUGAAGAAAUCAAAGAGGAUUUUGAUAAAAUAGACAAACUAGAUAGAAAACCUAUUUUAAGUCCAAACCUGCGUGUAUUUCUAGAAGAACUCUCAGAGUCAGAAAUAAAACAUUUAAAAUCUGAAUUAAGUAAACAUAUUCAGCAUUACCUUGUAGAAAGACUUUCAGAAUCAGGACAUAUCACCAAGGAGGACUUACCAAAAAUCUACCAGAAUCUGUGUUUGAUGAAUGAGAAAGCAGAACCAAAAGAGCAAAAUAUUUUUCUAGAGAAAUAUUCAGGAACUGUAAAAGAAAUCAUAUCUUUUGUAAACAAUUUUAAUCAUCAUUUCAUAGAUAAACAUUUGGAAAUAAAGCUAAGGUCUUUUUUAAAUGAAAUUCUCCAAAACUAUUUCCUAAAAAAUUUUUCAGAAAACAGUUUAUUUAAAGAAGCAGAAUCUAAGUCUAUGCACUCAAACGUAGCUUUUCUAAGAGCUAAAAGCCCCUCUAUGUCUUUUAACAAAUUAGGACAAGAUAUUUCAAGGGGGAGUUUUGGUAAAAGGCUUGAAGUAAACAUGAAAUAUCCCUUAAAUAAAUCCCUACAAAAAUAUCUUACAGCUUUAUCAGAAAAUGAACUCUUAAAUAUAAAAGCUGAUUUAAGCAAACACCUCCAGAGCCUUUUUAUAGAGAAACUGUCAAAAUCAGGACUAAUCACAGAAAGGCAAUUAGAGGGGAUCAGCCAGCACAUAAAUUUGAUUAAUUCUAGUUCCACACCAUUAAAAUGUAUAAAGCCAGAUUUGUCUUUAAGAGAUGAAAAUCAAUUUGUGGAGAAGCAAUCAGAAAAGCAAAAUAAAUAUUCAAAAACUGUUCAAAAAACCACUUCACAAAAAGUUCUUGAAGAUAGACUUGUAGAAACAGAGUUGACCAGAAAGGAGGAAAAAGAACAUUUUUCUUUACAGAAUAUUGAAGAAAAUCCAUCAAAAAUUAGGGAACAGAAAAUUUAUUAUUGCCCUGAAGCAGCUAAAACACUGAGUUUAUCUAAAGCACAACCUUCUUCCAACAAAAAUACCCAGGCGAUUCCAUUAAAUAAAUCAUCAGAAAGACUGACAGAUACAUUGCUUAGGAAACAAAGGGAAGGACAUGGUUUCGUGCAACUUCCUCGAGCAGAAAAUUUUGAUUUUAAAACAGAGAUUCAAGACCCACAUAUUUGGAGUGGUAAAUCAAAAAUAACUCGAUCAAAUCCUUGCUUUGAAAGGACACUAAAAAUGAAGUCCCUUGACAGAAAGGAGUGUGAUAACAUCUAUAAAUUGAUGGUAGAGGAAAAAGCUGAAGCAGCGCUGUCACCGUAUCCAAGAAUUCCUAACUGCAAAAUGCCGAAUGAAUAUGAGGACUACAUAACCAAACUCACUUUUCCUUCCAGGCAGAAUAACACUUUAAUGUGUCUCAAUUCAGAGGCUGGGGAGGAAUCAGAAUUAGAGGGCCAGUAUUGUCAGAGAUUGAAAGGAAAUAAUAACAAUAAUAAAAAACGACAUUUAGUAACAUAUGCACAUUACAAAGAAGAAACACAAACUCCUUAUAUAAAACCAAACAAACUUUGCAACGAAAGAUGUACCAAGGUCCCUGAAUCACGAUUGCUUAAAUAUAAAGUUGUGGUAGCUGAGAAAAACUCAAAACCAUCCCUUUUCCCGGAAGUAUUAAAGAGAGAACAUCUAAAGCCCAGGGUCCAAAAAGAAAAAGUCCAUGCCAGCAGCAAACAAGAAAAAUCAUUUAACAAGAUAGUUAAGAUACUACCAACCACACUGCCCACCACAAGAAUUCUAAGAAAAUCUGUUCCAAGAACACUGCUUCAUUGGACUGCAAGAAGAACCAUACAUGAUUGUUUGGAUGGAUUUGAGGAUUUACACGAGACUUCAUUUAAGCAUCUUGAAAAAGCAAAAUCAAGAGCAAGGCUUUUAGGAAACAGCCCAGAUGAUAGCCAUAAUCAGUUAAAACACUCUGCAAGACCGUAUACUGCUCCAGAGGUUAACAAACGAGGAGAAAGCUACACUGGGAAAUUGACAAGCCCUCGAAUGGUUUCAGCAGGCUUAGUUCAUAUAAAUCCUCCAAUCCCAGAUUCUGAUAUCUAUAAAAUUAGGCCAAAAAAAAAAUUUAAAAGAGCAUAUUGAAAAGCGUUCGCUCAUUUGUGAUAUUAUCCAAAUGUUAAACAGUUCAAAAUGAUAUGUGAGGCCAGCAGUUAGAAUAUCAUUUCUCCAAUUAACAAAAUGGUUUGGAGAUCUGUCCUUUUGUGUGAUAGAAGUCAGUAACCAAAUUUCAUCUGUUAGAACCAUUUUGUUUUAAUUAAAAUGAAAAAGAAACACAC